AGCCCAUCAUAUCCUCUCUUUGUCUUUGUUGUUAUCGAAAAAAAGUACUCUCAUCGGCAUCCAAAAAAACAGUGAGAAUUAGUGCUGUCUAAAUGGUUAACGGUCUACCCUAAGCGCGAGUCCAGUCCAGGCCGCUCCACCACUUCGCCGCGCCACGCCGCCGACCGUCUACCCGCCCGUCCGCCGCCCAUAGAUGAAGAGGCGGAUCAAUGAGUGGAAAACUCAACUGGCGAAGUAGAUAAACUUGGAGCUGAGUAGCCAUAAAUUCCAAUUUUUAUAUGAAGUAUGGGAGCUUUCAUUGAGAUAUAAUAAUAGAAACUUGACAUUCUUGAUUUUCUGAAGAGCUUAAAGAAGUUUGACAAACAAUAAAUUUUUUUGUAGAUUGUCGAGCUAAAUCUUUGUCUCUAAUUUUGUAUAUUUGAUAAUCCAGAUCUUAUUGCACUGAAAUCAGUGAGACGGAAAUGGACCCGGAUUCAGUGAAAUCGACUCUUUCUAAUUUGGCUUUCGGCAAUGUAAUGGCUGCUGCAGCUCGCGAUUACCAAAAGGAUUUGCUGGCUCAAGGGAAAGCUAAUGCAUCAAGCUCUGUUAAUAACGAAGUGGAUCUAGAUGAGCUUAUGGAUGACCCUGAGCUGGAGAAAUUGCAUGCUGACAGGAUUGCGGCUCUUAAGAAAGAAGCAGAGAAGCGGCAAAAAUUGACAAUGCAAGGUCAUGGGGAAUAUAGGGAGAUAACAGAAGGAGACUUUUUGGGUGAAGUUACUGGCAGCGAAAAAGUGAUUUGUCAUUUCUACCACCGAGAGUUCUAUCGUUGCAAGAUUAUGGAUAAGCACUUGAAGUCCCUUGCUCCUAGACACUUUACUACUAAAUUCGUCAAAUUGGAUGCUGAGAAUGCUCCUUUCUUUGUUGCUAAGCUUGGAAUCAAGACAUUGCCGUGUGUCAUACUAUUUAGGAAUGGAGUAGCAUCAGAUAGGCUGGUGGGGUUUCAAGACUUGGGGGGCAAAGAUGAUUUCCCCACAAGGAAGCUGGAACUUUUCCUCUUGAAGAAAGGAAUUAUCGAGGAGAAAAAACAAGACGAAGAGGACGAUGAUCAUCUUGAAGGCAAACGCACAUCAGUGAGAACAUCGGUAAAUACAGAUUCGGACUCUGACUGAGAAGAACUAACAGAGCAGUUUGCCACAACUUCUGUGUAGUGCAGUUAUUUUCUGCUUUUCUUUAUUUACUGUAAAAUUGUAUUGCACGCAUUGAUGGCUGUAACUCUUGGUGUAUGUGAUGUUUUGUCAUGUUUGCCUAUCGCGUAUGGUUUGUGAGUUGGGAUUAUUGUAUUUAGUACUCAAGUGAUGAUCAGAUAUCUAUCCGAUUAUAUGAUAGUGGUAUACAUACAA